GUGUCACCGAAAAGGGCAAAGCCUUCGGAAAUAGAAACAAAGUUGGUCGCAAAUCACAUUAGCUUUGCCCGAAGUUUUUCCCCACACUCUUCUUUAGCAUGCUAUUAUGGGGAAAGUGACCACUCGUGGGAGCGGGGGUGGUCGGGGCUGUUCGGUGGCGGGGGAGCGGCUGUAACUUCUACGUGACCAUGGUACCUGUUGAAAACACGGAGGGCCCCAAUCUGCUGAACCAGAAGGGGACAGCCGUGGAGACGGAGGGCAGCUACCGAGCCAGCGGCAGCCGGCAUCCUCCCUGGGCGAGAGGUUGCGGCAUGUUUACCUUCCUGUCAUCUGUCACUGCCGCUGUCAGUGGCCUCCUGGUGGGUUAUGAACUUGGGAUCAUCUCUGGGGCUCUUCUUCAGAUCAAAACCUUAUUAACCCUGAGCUGCCAUGAGCAGGAAAUGGUUGUGAGCUCCCUCCUCAUUGGAGCCCUCCUCGCCUCACUCACCGGAGGGGUCCUGAUAGACAGGUAUGGAAGAAGGACCGCAAUCAUCUUGUCAUCCUGCCUGCUUGGACUCGGAAGCUUAGUCUUGAUCCUCAGUUUAUCCUACACGGUUCUUAUAGUGGGACGCAUUGCCAUAGGGGUCUCCAUCUCCCUCUCCUCCAUUGCCACUUGUGUUUACAUCGCAGAGAUUGCUCCUCAACACAGAAGAGGCCUUCUUGUGUCACUGAAUGAGCUGAUGAUUGUCAUCGGCAUUCUUUCUGCUUAUAUUUCAAAUUACGCAUUUGCCAAUGUUUUCCAUGGCUGGAAGUACAUGUUUGGUCUUGUGAUUCCCUUGGGAAUUUUGCAAGCAAUUGCAAUGUAUUUUCUUCCUCCAAGCCCUCGGUUUCUGGUGAUGAAAGGACAAGAGGGAGCUGCUAGCAAGGUUCUUGGAAGGUUAAGAGCACUCUCAGAUACAACUGAGGAACUUACUGUGAUCAAAUCAUCCUUGAAAGAUGAAUAUCAGUAUAGUUUUUGGGAUCUGUUCCGUUCAAAAGACAACAUGCGGACCCGAAUAAUGAUAGGACUAACACUGGUAUUUUUUGUACAAAUCACUGGCCAGCCAAACAUAUUGUUCUAUGCAUCAACUGUUUUGAAGUCAGUUGGAUUUCAAAGCAAUGAGGCAGCAAGCCUUGCCUCCACUGGGGUUGGAGUCGUCAAAGUCAUUAGCACCAUCCCCGCCACUCUUCUUGUAGACCAUGUCGGCAGCAAAACAUUCCUCUGCAUUGGCUCCUCUGUGAUGGCAGCUUCGUUGGUGACCAUGGGCAUCGUAAAUCUCAACAUCCACAUGAACUUCACCAAUAUCUGCAGAAGCCACAAUUCUAUCAACCAGUCCUUGGAUGAGUCUGUGAUUUAUGGACCAGGAAACCUGUCAGCCAGCAACAAUACUCUCAGAGACCACUUUAAAGGAAUUGCUUCCCAUAGCAGAAGCUCACUUAUGCCCCUGAGAAAUGAUGUGGAUAAGAGAGGGGAGACAACCUCAGCAUCCUUGCUAAAUGCUGUAUUAAGCCACACUGAAUACCAGAUAGUCACAGACCCUGGGGACGUCCCAGCUUUUUUGAAAUGGCUGUCCUUAGCCAGCUUGCUUGUUUAUGUUGCUGCUUUUUCAAUUGGUCUAGGACCAAUGCCCUGGCUGGUGCUCAGCGAGAUCUUUCCUGGUGGGAUCAGAGGACGAGCCAUGGCUUUAACUUCUAGCAUGAACUGGGGCAUCAAUCUUCUCAUCUCGCUGACAUUUUUGACUGUAACCGAUCUUAUUGGCCUGCCAUGGGUGUGCUUUAUAUAUACAAUCAUGAGUCUAGCAUCCCUGCUUUUUGUUGUUAUGUUUAUACCUGAGACAAAGGGGUGCUCUUUGGAACAAAUAUCAAUGGAGCUAGCAAAAGUGAACUAUGUGAAAAACAACAUUUGCUUUAUGAGUCAUCACCAAGAAGAAUUAGUGCCAAGACAGCCUCAAAAAAGAAAACCCCAGGAGCAGCUCUUGGAGUGUAACAAGCUGUGUGGUAGGGGCCAAUCCAGGCAGCUUUCUCCACAGAACUAAUGGUCUCAACACCUUCUGAACGUGGAUAGUGCCAGAACGCUUAGGAGGGUGUCUUUGGACCAGUGCAUAGUUGCAACUCCUGUGCUUUCUUUUCAGUGUCAUGGAACUGGUUUUGAAGAGACACUGAAAUGGUAAAGACAGCCUUUAAUCCCCUCUUCCCCAAAAGGAACCUCAAAAGGUAGACAAGGUACAAGGUCCUAAGUGAUCUUUCUUAUUCUGAGCAGGAUAUCAGGUUAAAAAAAAAAAUUACUGGCUGGUUUCAUACUUUCUACCUUCACAGAGCAGCCUUUGAAUAGACUAUGUCCUAGUGAAGACAUCAACCUCUGCCUUAAGCUAUGUAUGUACGGAGGCCAGUCACAGCUUUAUUAUUCAGACACACAAGUGGUCUGGACAUAAGGGUACAGGUUUUGCCAACCAAGACACUGCUUGCAGUGGGUCUUACGCAAAAAAGAACCAGAACACACAGUGUGGACAGCUGCCCAUGUAUUCCAUCUAGAUUAGGAGAGGGUCCUGGCUAGGAUUUUAGUGGUAAUUCCUAGUUACAUUCAACAAGUAUAAAGAUUAUAGCGCUUAUUUUAUGAACUAUAAACUACAAUUUAAUGCAAAAUAUCCUUUUAUGAAUUUCAUGUUAAUAUUGUGAAAUAUUAAAAUUAUUCUGCAAUAGUUGAGAAAAAUGAGCAUUUGUUUCCAUUUUUAAAAAAUGCAUAGAAAAGACAAUUUUAAAAUCCUGGGACCAUAUUUAUUUAGAAGUAGCUGUUAGUAAAACAUUAGAAAAGGAGUCAGGCCAUUAGGUUAUUUAUCCAAAUCUCUAAGCAAUUAGGUUGAAGUUAUUAAGUCAAGCCUAGAAAAGCUGCCUCCGUGUAAGGCUUUCAUGACAAUGUCUAGUAAUCCACAGUGUCCUGCAAUUCUUCACACUCCUCAGGAAUAUCAAUACCUCAGGUUACGGCACACAGGCUACACUCGAUGAUGACUUUCAGUGACCGAAGACACAAUAAAUGACAUUCAGACAUCAGGACAAUUCCCUCGUAUGUUCUUCUCUAUGAUGGCGGCCUGUACAAGCAACGUGGGUUUCACCCACACAACGAUGAACUGUUCCCUACUUCUCCAGUUGAUUUUAAAGACUUGGUAAGAGGUCUCACUAAUAAAAUUUGGGUAUGAUAGAAAAUCCAAAAUCAAAUCUUGAACCAAGUAACAUAUUAAAUUACUAAUACUGUAAGUGAUGGAAGACACAGAAAAAACGUAAAAGCACGAACAACCUAACUUGAAAAAGAAUUUUAAAAUAUGAUUAACCUAAAGAAAAGAGACUCCUAAGAGCCAGCUCCUUCUCAUUUAGCUUGGAAUUUUCCCAUUGGUUCCCAAUAAACUGUCCCAAUGUCAUAUAAGGCAACAUGAUCUACUACAUUCCUUUAUAACAAUGUGGAGAGACUAUAAACCUAUGUAAGUAGUAAAACUAUAACAUCAGAGACUCAGGAGACUGACUAAAAGGCCUGAUCUGCAGUGUAUUAUCUGUAUUAAAAUUGCAGGCGAAGCGAAAAGGAAAGGAGAUUUGAGAUCUCAAUUCUAUCACAGUGUAUUUCACAUGCAAGUCAGAGCAUGUAUUGUUGUUUGUUUUUGGAAAGAGAAGGGAAGUGUGUUCUGCCCCACGUUUCCUUCCGUGUUUAUAGUUCAAACACUAUAUAUACUUUAGUUAUUUUUUGGUUUAGCCAUUCAUUAUAAAUGGGCAGGAAACUGUUUAUCAACCUAGCCGGUUUAUUACUAGUGACCUCGACUUCAGUAUCUUGAGUAUUCUUUUGCAUUUUUAUUUUAAUAUCCCGAGUCUGUAACUAAACAAUUUUGUCUCUAAAUUUGUAUCCAAUGUUCAUUGCCCCACACCAAAUCAAGCUUUUUGAUUUUCAAAAAUAAAAAGGGGGAAAUACUUACAACUUAUACAUAUAUAUUCACAGUUUUUAUUUAUAAAAAAAAUUUACAGUACUUAUGGAGAGCCAGCAGAAGACAUCAGAGCACUCACUUCUUCCCAUCUUUGUUAAUGUUAGUGAAUUACCCAUGGACACUGCUAGGUGAGGCUCACCCAGCAGCCCUGAAAGCAGACCCAGUCACACUGUCUUUACCCUCUCCCUUCAGAUAAAGCACUUCCAUUAGCUAUUGAUCUGCCCAGUUUUCAAGUCAUGCGAAUACUGAAAAGGUUGUAUCAUCUGGAUCUGUACCUUGGCUAUAUAAGCAUGUUUUCCCCCUAUUCUACAUUUCUUUUUUUGGUGAACAUUGCGAAACAGGAGGUGACUUAUUACGGUUAAUUAAAACUAAAUGAAAAUGUCAAAUCUUUAAAACAGUGAGCUUGUAACUCUUUCAUGUAAUUUUAUUCUCUAUAUUUAUGAGUUUGGCUAUCCUACUGAAUCUUAAAAUAAAGGAAAUAAACAUUUUUUUUU